GUAAAUCUCUCCUUUUCUUCUGCUUUCAUCCAAAUCAACAACUUUCCUCUGUUUCACUUCUCUCACUCUAUCUAUCUUCCUCAUUGUCUCUUCAACUUUUACAUCACCAAUGGCUUCCUUAGAGGUUUCCAAACAGGGGAAAUUCGAAGAAGAAGCAGAAGAGUUAACUCUUGAUGGGAGUGUAGAUUGGCAUGGUCGCCCUGCAAUCAGAGCCAAAUCUGGGAGAUGGGUCGCUGGAACUAUUAUACUAUUGAACCAAGGUUUGGCAACCUUAGCAUUCUUUGGAGUCGGAGUGAACCUAGUUCUGUUCCUGACAAGGGUGUUGGGUCAAAACAAUGCUGAUGCUGCUAACAAUGUUAGCAAGUGGACUGGCACAGUUUACAUCUUCUCUCUUGUUGGUGCUUUCCUUAGUGAUUCUUAUUGGGGUCGAUACAAAACAUGUGCCAUUUUUCAGCUCAUCUUUGUAAUUGGUCUAGUGUUCUUGUCCCUUUCAUCAUACCUCUCUUUGCUUAGACCAAAAGGUUGUGGAAAUGGAUUAAUUCAAUGUGGGGAACAUUCAAGCAUGGAGAUGGGAAUGUUCUACCUAUCAAUUUAUCUAAUUGCUUUAGGGAUUGGAGGGUAUCAACCAAACAUUGCAACAUUUGGUGCUGACCAAUUUGAUGAAGAUCACUCAAAGGAGAGUUACUCAAAAGUGGCUUUUUUUAGCUACUUUUACUUGGCUUUGAACCUUGGUUCACUUUUCUCAAACACCAUUUUGGGCUAUUUUGAAGAUGAUGGAUUAUGGGCACUUGGGUUUUGGGUUUCUGCUGGAUCUGCAUUUGCUGCUCUUGUACUGUUUCUUGUUGGAACUCCAAGAUAUAGACACUUUAAACCUGGGGGCAAUCCUCUUUCCAGAUUCUGUCAAGUAAUUGUUGCUGCAUCAAGGAAAUUGGGUGUUCAAAUGACACCAAAUCGAGAAGACUUGUAUGUUAUAGAUGAAAAGAAAUCUCCUAACAGUGGCAACAAAAAGAUUCUCCACACUCAUGGUUUCAAGUUUUUGGAUAGGGCAGCUUUUAUUACUUCAAGAGAUUUAGAGGUCCAAAAAGGAGACACACACAACCCUUGGUAUCUAUGUUCUAUAACUCAAGUUGAAGAAGUGAAAUGCAUACUAAGACUUCUUCCAAUUUGGCUAUGCACAAUAAUAUACUCAGUGGUUUUCACUCAAAUGGCUUCUCUUUUUGUGGAGCAAGGUGCUGCAAUGAAAACAACCAUUUCCCGUUUCAGAAUCCCACCGGCGAGCAUGUCUAGCUUCGACAUCCUCAGUGUCGCCAUCUUCAUUUUCUUCUGCCGACGAGUAAUCGACCCGCUGGUCGGAAAACUUAAGAAAACAAGUUCAAAAGGACUGAGUGAGCUUCAAAGAAUGGGAAUUGGUCUUGUUAUAGCUGUAAUAGCAAUGGUAUCAGCUGGAAUAGUGGAAUGUUACAGACUUAAGUAUGCACAACAAGGUGGCACAAGCUCUCUAAGUAUCUUCUGGCAAAUUCCUCAAUAUGCACUUAUAGGAGCUUCUGAGGUUUUUAUGUAUGUAGGACAAUUAGAGUUCUUCAAUGCUCAAGCACCAGAUGGUUUAAAAAGCUUUGGAAGUGCACUUUGCAUGACAAGUAUUUCCCUUGGUAACUAUGUGAGUAGUUUAAUUGUUAGUAUUGUUAUGAAGAUUUCAACUGAGGAUAACAUGCCAGGGUGGAUCCCUGGAAAUUUGAAUAGUGGUCAUCUUGAUAGGUUUUUCUUCCUACUAGCUGCUUUGACUUCUAUUGACUUGAUUGCUUAUAUUGCAUGUGCUAAGUGGUUCAACAGUAUUCAGAUGGAAUGCAAAUAUGAAAACAAUGGUGAGACUGGUAGCUUCAAAGUUUAAUCAUUUGCAAUGGAAUCAUAUCAUAUAUAAAUAAGAGAAGGAAAAUGGUAACUAGUUGAGAUUUGUUAUAUAUAUGUGCAGUUAGUUGCUACUAGAAGCAUUAAGAGAGGGCCUUUUUUACCCGAGUCUCGUGUUGUAUUCACUACAGUUUUAUUCCUGACUAAGAUUUUUAGUUUAUGUACUUAAAUCCAAGGUUGUGUAAAUUGAACUUUUUGAAGAGACAAUGACAGUUUUGAGGCCUCUCUCAGCCUUCCUUCUUUCACUUUUGUAAAUUUCAUGAUUAAUAAUGGAUAUGUGAUUUUGAUUUA